UCUUGGCUUCGUUGGUCGUUGGAACAGUAAAAACGCAAAAUGUGUACUCGAAGAUUUAAGAAAAUACUUUCGCUUUGUUGGAACACGAAUAAGAACUGGAAUGGGAGAGAAACCGGAACUUCGAGCAAUUACACAGCAACAAUAUUAUACACAGCAACAACAGUACCAAACUCAAGAAUCUCAUUCGGUCAUACUGGUGACUGCUGGUUACGACCAUACUAUUCGUUUUUGGGAAGCUUUGAGUGGUAUUUGCUCUAGGACUAUUCAACACCCUGAUUCGCAAGUCAAUAGACUAUGUAUUUCUCCAGAUAAAAGGUAUCUUGCAGCCGCAGGAAACCAGCAUAUUCGACUAUAUGAUAUUAACAGUUCUAAUCCGAAUCCGAUUACUUCCUUUGAUGGUCAUACCGGAAAUGUAACAGCCGUUGGAUUUCAUUGUGAAGGAAAAUGGAUGGUCACAGGUAGCGAGGAUGCACCUGUUAAUGAUGUAGCAAUUCAUCCUAAUCAAGGUGAAUUAAUUUCUUGUGAUCAAAAAGGAAGCAUAAAAAUUUGGGACUUGGGAGAAAAUUCUUGCACACAUGAAUUGAUCCCUGAAGAGGAUGUUCCGAUGCGCUCAGUUACUGUUGCAAUAGAUGGUUCGAUGCUUGUUGCUGCGAAUAACAAAGGUAAUUGUUAUGUAUGGGAAAUGUCAAACAAUAGAGAUUUUACAGAUUUAGAGCCGCUUACAACAUUCUCGGCACACAAGAAAUAUAUCACACGAUGUUUAUUGAGUCCAGAUGUUAAGCAUUUAGCAACGUGUUCUGCAGAUACAACAGUUAAAAUAUGGUCUACUGUUAAUCAUGAAUUUGAAUUGGAUAAAGAACUAAAAGGACAUCAACGAUGGGUGUGGGAUUGCGCGUUUUCCGCCGAUUCUGCUUACUUGGUCACUGCAUCAUCUGAUCAUGUGGCACGUCUCUGGGAAUUGCAACAAGGUGAAACAAUAAGACAAUAUAAUGGACAUCAUAAAGCUGCAGUUUGUGUGGCAUUAAACGAUUUAUCAAUUGGAAGUUGA